AUGGGUACGACAGAUAUCAUAUCCCUGGUAAAGAAUAAUUUGCUUUAUUUCCAAAUGUGGACAGAAGUGGAACUUUUGCAAGACGUUUUACCAUGGAAGGAAAAUACCUUAAGUUUACUCAAAGGACGUCCUCCACAUAAAUUAAGCAAUGAUACAGAAGACACAGUAGGUGAUCAUGGCAUGUCCCCAGUACAGCAGACAGAGUUUAUUUUGCCCAUCAAUAUGUCUCAGUACAAGGAAAACUUUCUUACGCUGGAGUGCUUGAGCCGAGUCUUUACACAAUUAUGCGAUUCAGCCACUGAGAGGAUACUUUUGGCCAUCAUUAACGAUGAUGGUACGAUUGUUUAUUACUUUGUUUAUAAAGGGAUACGAAAACCGAAAAGGAAUUGA